AUGGGGGACGGCGGCGCCGAGCGGCUGGCGCCGGCGCUGGGGCGGGAGCGGCGGAAGCAGCAAAUACUUGAAAUUUCAAUAUCUGAAUUGAGAAACACGGUGACAGAACUGGAAAAAAGACUUAACAGUAUUGAAGAUGAAGGUAAUGAAUGGAAAACUAGAUACGAGACACAAGUAGAAUUGAAUAGACAGCUGGAAAGACAAAUUAUUAAACUUCAAGAAAAGUUGGAGGUUAUUCGUGGAAAUCCAACAGAUAAAUUGUCCUCUGUUCGUACCUUUGAUCAAAUGCCUGUGAGUUCCUUAAAGCAGGUUCUUAAGCAACUAGAAGAAGAGAAGAAAAGUCUCCAGAAUCAGCUAAAAGACUAUGAACUUAGACUGGAACAAGAGGCAAAGGCUUACCACAAAGCCAAUGAUGAGCGGCGCAUGUACCUCUCAGAGAUCUUACAGACCUCAGCUGCACUUAAAUUUGUUGAAAGGCAAAAACUAGAUGCAGUGACAGGGAAGAGAGAAAACCAAAUACUGAGAGGAAGGUGCCGCGUUCCAGGAAACCAGAAGGUGACUGAUCCCAAAAAAGGAGCAAUUAAAAAGACUGUAGGAGUGAAGCAGCUUCCAAAACUAAAGGGCUGA